AUGGCUCUCCCAGUCUCUUUACAAACGAUGAUUGCUUUGCGGUAUUACGCCAGUGGGAGCUACAUGUCCGUAAUUGGGGAUGCGCACGGUGUCAGCAAGAUGGCUGUAUCUCGUGCUAUACGAGAUGUAUCGAUGAUUCUUUCACGACAUGCAAGAUCAUACAUCAAAUUCCCUUUGACCGAUCGGGAACAAGUAAAAGUUAAGCAGAAUUUCUUCAACAUUCGUGUAUUUCCCUAUGUUCUUGGGGCUGUAGACGGCAGUUUGAUUCCAAUCCACACCCCAUCAGAUGAGGAACACCUGUAUGUGUGUAGAAAGGGAUUUCAUUCUCUAAACAUUCAAGGGAUUUGUGUUGCUGACUAUAGAUUCCUUAAUGUUGUCGCUAAAUGGCCCGGAUCUACCCAUGAUUAUUUUAUCUGGAAUCACUGUGGACUAUGUAAUGCUUUUGAGACAGGUCAAAUAUGUAAUGGCUAUCUUCUUGGAGAUAGUGGCUAUGGUCUCAGACCAUGGCUUAUGACCCCAAAACUAACCCCAGUCUCACCUGCUGAAGGAGGUACAACAAAGCACAUCGAACCACUCACUGUGUCAUUGAGAGAACAUUUGGGAUAUGGAAAAUGA